UCAACCCUUCUCAAUAAAAUUCCUCUUUCCAAAUUCUCUCGUUAAUUUAUACAGUAGUUACAGCUUCAAACAGUUAUUUUUCUUCCAUUUUCUCAUCCAAACAUAACAAUGGGCUGUAAUAUUUCAAAACUCGAUAAACUCCCUGCUGUGUCUUUGUGCCGUGACCGUUCUAAAUUCAUAGAUGAAUCACUCCGUCAAAGCUAUCAUCUUGCGGAUGCACACCUCGCACACAUGGAAUCCCUCCGAACACUCGGCCCAGCACUCGUCAGUUUCUUCCAACAAUCUGAGGAUUCCGGCGAAAUCGAUGCUUCCAUCUCAAAAAUAUCAUCUCCAUUGAGUUCACUUUUUUCUUCUGAUUCAGAUGCUGCACAAGUACUGCUGCAUUCUGAUUCAGAAACCGAUGAAGCAGAAAGAGAAUCACAAUUAUGCACUCACCAUUUUAGACACGAUUAUCUUCACCGUGACAGUGUAUUAUCCUCGGUUUCAGAUAACUACGUAAAACCUAUUUAUGAUUCCUAUUCUCCACAGCCUCCGUCUAUGAUCUUUUCCAGUUUGAAACCGCCAUCACCGCCUCCUCCGAGUAACUCUGCUUGGGAUUUCUUGAACUUCUUUGAACCUUAUGAGAAGUAUCAACUACCUUACUAUGAAGGUGGUGACAGUUACAAUGACACUAACUUAAGGGUUGAGAAAGAAAAGGGAAAUGUUAACCUUCAGAAAAGUGAGAGUUUAAAAUCCAAAGGCGGAGGAGAUAAAGUGAUUAUUAAGCCAGAGAAUAAAGAAGGGAAACAUAAGGAAACCAAAUUGAAAGAGGAGAAGAAUUCAGCUGAGUUAGAGGAAUGUAACGACUUUGCUAAAAGGAUUUCUGAAACUAUGAAAGAGAUUCAGAUUCUAUUUGAGAAAGCUUCGAAUUCGGGGAACAAGAUUUUGGAGAUGCUAGACGUUGGAAAACUCCGUUACCAUUCGAAAACUGAACUCGGUAAAGUUUCGUGGAAGAUUAUGCAUGUGUUUAGUCAGCCAAAUCCAGUGAUGAAUAAAUGCGCGGAGGCUUCAUUGCUUGGACAGAAAACAGGAUCUGACUGCAAAGGAGUUUGCAAAGACAAGAGCCUUAGCCAUGAGAAUCUAUGCUCCACUUUGAAUAAACUGUGUCUGUGGGAGAAGAAGCUGUAUCAUGAAGUCAAGGCUGAGGAAAAAAUGCGCACACUUCAUGAGAAGAAGUGUACGCAGUUGAAAUGUAUGACUAAGAAGGAUGCAGAUGCUCAAAAAAUUGAAUCUGUUGAAGCCUUCAUCGAUAUUUUAGUUAUGAAAAUGAAAAUUUCUUUCCAAGUAGUUGACAAGAUAUCUAUUACGACCAGUAAGUUGACGGAAGAAGAGCUAUGGCCACAUAUCAACAAGUUUAUUCUCAUGUUUCUCAGAAUGUGGAAAGAUAUGCAAGAAUGUUACAAACUCCAGUAUCAAAAAAUUGUUGAAACAAAAGCUUUAGAUGUCUCCACAUUCAACAGAAAACCAUGCAAUGCUAAUAUUGAAGCAGCAAUACAACUCAAAUCAGAGUUACAGAAAUGGAUUUUAAGCUUCUUAGAUUGGAUUCAAGCUCAGAAAUCUCUAGUAAAAUCUCUGAAUGAUUGGUUGGUAAGAUGUCUAAUGUAUGAACCUGAAGAAAUACUUGAUGAUUCAGCAACAUUUGAUGCACCACAUGUGUUUGUGACAUGUAACAAGUGGUCAAAGGCAAUGGAUAAUAUCUCAGAGAAGAAUGUUAUUGAAGCUGUAAAUGGAUUCAUAGUUAGAGUCAAUGAACCAUUGGAAAAGUAUAUUUCGGAGCAUCAGAAGAGUUCAUCAUUGGACAAGGAAUUAGAGAGAAAAGUGAAAGUUGUCGAGAGGCAAGGGCUAAAGAUGCAGAGAAAAGUGAAAAUUAUGGAGAGGCAAGAGCAAAAGAUGCAUAAAUUGGUGCAGGCUCGUGAGAAAAAGAUGGCCCCAAUUGGAAAAGAACUUAAAGACGAGACCGGUGCUGUGAAUAAUAAUGAUGAUAUAGUUGAUUCUACCGGUUUACAACCAGGUUUGAAGCAGAUCUUUGUUGCUAUGGAGAAGUUCAGUGCAACAAAUGUUAGCUUAUAUGAAGAACUUUGCCGACAAAUUAAGUAAGAUGAUCAUGUUUUAGAAGAAUCCAACAAAAAUCACUAGUUUUAGGGAGAUCUCAAUGUUAUUAACUUUGGAAAUAAAGUAUAAUGUAAAGUAAUUUAAGCCAA